GAUCCGGUGAAGACCGGGGAGCAGGCACGGGAGGCUGCAAGACAGGAACAGACCGGGGCUGUGGUGUCAGACGCAGAAGAGCCGGGACUGACCGUUGCUGUGGCGUCUGGCACUGUAGAGCCGGACCGGACUGGGAAGCAGGCGGAGAAGGCUGCAGGGCUGGUGCAGACCGGGGCUGUGGUGUAGGACGCUGUAGAGCCGGGACUGACCGGGGAGCAGGAGUCGGAGGCUGCGGAGCAGAACAGGACUGGGAAGCAGACAUGGGAGUCUGUAGGACCGGGGCUGAUCGUGGCUGGGGCGUCGGACGCUGUGGAGCCGGGGCUGACCGGGGAGCAGACGUUGGAAGCUGCGGAGCAGAACAGGACUGGGAAGCAGACAUGGGAGGCUGCAGGACCGGGGCUGAUCGUGGCUGUGGCGUCGGACGCUGUGGAGCCGGAACUGACCGUUGCUGGGGCGUCGGAUGCUGUAGAGCCAGACAGGACCGGGGAACAGGCACAGGAGGCCGCAGGACAGGUGCUGACCGUGGCUGUAGCGUCAGACGCUGUGGAGCCAGAGUAGACCGUUGCUGGGGCGUCGGACGCUGUGGAGCCGGAGCAGACGUCAGCUCAGGGGACAUGAGCCUGGGAGCUGGAGGCGACACUGGCGUGGAAGCCGGGGGAGACGCUGCAGGCGCUGGCGUGGAAGCCGGGGGAGACGCUGCAGGCGCUGGCGUGGAAGCCGGGGGAGACGCUGCAGGCGCUGGCGUGGAAGCCGGGGGAGACGCUGCGGACGCUGGCGUGGAAGCCGGGGGAGACGCUGGUGGUGCUCUCAAACCUACACUCUCCAGUUGAGCCUCCAUAUAAACCUCCCAAGCCUCCUUUACCAG